UUGGCGAGCGCCGAUUGGGUGGCUCGGCCUGGAUGGGCGGACGCGGAUGGCGCGGGGGCGGGCCACGUGUGGCGACCCUACAAAAAACGGUGACCUAGCCUUGGAACCCGGCAGGAGGAACUGAGCGGCUUAAGUCCGGGCUUUGAGAGAACAUGGCGGCUGUGAAGCCCAGCCUGGGCCGAGUCCUCCCUGGAUCAUCCAUCCUGUUCCUGUGUGACAUGCAGGAGAAGUUCCGACAUAUUGCAUACUUCCCCGAGAUUGUCUCUGUGGCCGCCCGCAUGCUCAAGGUGGCCAGGCUGCUGGAGGUACCCGCUGUGCUAACAGAGCAGUACCCAGCAGGCCUGGGCCCCACGGUGCCUGAGCUGGGGGCUGAAGGCCUGCGACCGGUGGCCAAAACUUGCUUCAGCAUGGUGCCUGUGAUGCUGCAGGAGCUGGACACCCGGCCCCAGCUGCGUUCUGUGCUCCUCUGUGGCAUUGAGACACAGGCCUGCAUCCUGGUGAGACCCCCCAUCACUGCAUCUUCCCUGAGCCAGAGCCCUCCAUCCUGGCAGGACCCCGUUCCUGACCUGGGACCUUCAUCCUUACUCUGGACCCCUCUCUGCCUGAACACCACCUUGGACCUCCUGGACCGUGGGCUACAGGUCCAUGUGGUGGUGGACGCCUGCUCUUCUCGCAGCCAGGUGGACAGGCUGGUGGCGCUGGCCCGGAUGCGGCAGAGUGGUGCCUUCCUCUCUACCAGUGAAGGGCUGAUUCUGCAGCUUGUGGGUGAUGCCGCCCACCCCCAGUUUAAGGAGAUCCAGAAGAUCAUCAAAGAGCCUGCCCCGGACAGCGGGCUGCUGAGCCUCUUCCAAGGCCAGAACCCCCUCUUCCGCUGAACUCCUCACCCUGAAGACCACCCUCCUGUCAUUGGGACCUCUGUGAAAUCAUUUCACCCCCAUCCUUGGCUCCCAAGAGUGGUGCAGUCCACAGGGAGUACCACCCCCCCCCGAGGGGAGGUGGAGUGCCACCUUGCCAUUGGGCCAGAGCGCCGGAAAUGCAAAUGAGACUCCAGGAAGCUGUGCGGCAGUUGGCUGAGCAGAGCUGGGGGCGGGGCUCGGCCCCGGGCCACUUCACGAGGCGGGGAGGGGCGGGGGAGGGAGUGUCACAGGCUGUGGAACCCGGACUUGCAGAAUAAACAUUGAUGUGGCUGU